AUGGCGGCGUGUGAAGCCAAAACAAAUAUUCCGGAAUAUGAAGUCCUUGAUAUAAACACUAAGCCUUUUCAUAUUGACACUUUCCGGACAGAGUGGCUCAAGCGGCUGCAGCCUGAUCAGUAUUCUUACGAGCCCCCAGACGAGGAGGCUUUUGACGCCAACUUUGUCACAGAAAUGGGCAUUGACGAGGACACGAUGGCCGAUCUAAAGACUAUCUGCAGUGUGGACUCUCUUCUUUGCCACCCCAAAGAUGAGCAGCCCGACACGGAUCUUGUGCCUGACGAUUCGACACUAAGUACCUUGAUACAACGUAAAAAGAGGCAAGAUUACAGAAGCACACAUAAAUGCAGCAAGAACAGACACGAGCAUUAUGCCGAUGAGCUGGAACGAGCUACGGUUGAAAGAAAACCUGAGGCAGUGGAACACCUGAUCCCUGAAGGAGAGGUUCUUCUAACUAUCAAUGUGUUCUAUGCUGCUGUUUUUGAGAAAUUCAAGGUCAGACCGUACAUGACUUUCCUGAUGACCGGAUCACACACAUUGGCCGAGCUUCGGGACGCCAUCUGCUGUGUCAGCGACUUGCAGGUCUGCGGGGAGUUCAGCAACAAUCCUGACACGGUUCCAGACUUUUUGAGCAAAGAUCACUUCAAGUCUGCCUUCUUCUUUUUCGAAGGAGUUUUCUACAACGACAUGCGUUUCCCAGAGUGCCAGGAUAUUAGUAUCACAACAAUUGAAUGGGCAAAGAGUCGGAAUUUCCCAACAUUCACCCAAGCAAAAAUGGAAGACACACGCUUCCAGGACCUGGAAGUGAAAGUGGGCUACCCAUACCUGUACUGUCAUCAAGGAGACUGUGAGCAUCUGGUCAUCAUCACUGACGUCAGGCUGAUGCACCGGGACGACUGCCUGGACCGGACCACUUACCCACUGCUCAUCCACAAGGACCGGAUCGACACAAACAAGUGCGCCGCCUGUCACGUCUACAUCGGCAGGUGGCAUACGACCAACGACCAGCUUGCGCCGAGCGACCCGUGCCUCUUCUGCGACAAGUGUUUUCGAAUGCUGCACUACGACCCUCAGGGCAACAAGCUUGGCCAGUUUCAGGCCUUUCCUUACAUAGACAGAGGUGCCUUUAACUGA